AUGGACGUUAAAUGCGAAUGCGGCCGGGUCGCCUUCCCAACCCCACAACCAAAGCCCUGGCAUGUGGUCGUCUGUCACUGUGACGCAUGCAAGCGUACCACGGGCUCAACCUUUCGCGUCAGCGCCAUCUUCAAGACAGAGCUCGGCUCAGGAUCAGACAUUUUGCUGAACGGCAGCAACGAAAACCAGGAAAGUCUGGUCCGCAAAGCUCCCCGGGCGGCCGAGAGCGGUAGUGUCGUCGAGCGCUUGUUCUGCACUGCAUGCGGUGUCUCGGUAGCGGGCCGUCGGUUGGUGGAUCAUGAACCGGCGAGCGGGGAGUGGCUCAGUAUACCGGCGGCGUGCAUCGACGGGUUUGACUGGGAUUGUCUGCAGGACAAGGACUUAGUUUCGCAUUUUUGGACUUCGCGCGCGGUCGGGAAGCUCAGACUGCCGGAGGGGAUGCAGCAGUUUGCGCAGAAUCCCCCGCAUAUUGCUUGA